GAAUUCGUCUUUGAUCCUUGUUGUUGUAUAUUUAUCUCAACCAUUGGUUGUAUGCUUUCUUUGUUUCUUUGUGCUGGUUGGAAUAACAAUCAUCAAUUCUCUCUCUGCAUCUACAGCAAACGUUAUCGCAGCAUGCGUUCGAUUAUAUUAAUCUGCAAGGCAACUAAGCUAUAUUGAAACUUCUUACGAAAACUUCUUGUCCUACUAUUGAACAUGCCUCCUCGUCGUCCUCCUCCUCCUCCUCCUCCUCCUCCUCGAUGUUGGCGACCGCAAAUACCUCGUACUGAGCUUGCGAAUAUAUACGGCCAUCCCCUUGAGCCAGAAAUUCAAGGUAUCAUACCAUUGAAGAGCGCCCUCACGCCAGUAACUUUGAAACCGCAUCCUACCGAUCGUGAGAGAAAAUUUGCCGAUGAUGUGCGCUGGCUACAGAGAAGGAGCUAUGGAAAUUUUACCGCUGCAGAGUUGGAGAGAUUGGAUGCCUUGGCACCACUUUACAAUAUCCAUGAAGACGAAACUGCGAUUAAUCCAAAUGCUGACAUUACCAUCCAUCCUGUAAUGCAAAGAAAUAAGUGGAAUUACCCGAUGCCAAAACACUUAGCUGAAUUUCCUUUGGGGGGAGACUUGGAUGGGUACUGGAAUCCUUGUACAGACGACAUUGCGUGGGAAGCCAUACUUCCAUCCAUUCGAAUAGCAAGCUUGUAUAUUUCGCAUGCGGAUCUGUGGCCAUGGGUUGAUGGUCUGCUUGCCGCCGAGUGGACUGAUAUUCCACAAUCAGAGGCCCCCCAUGCAUUGCUUGGUCGACAUGGAGGCUGGAAAAGAUUCAAUACUAGAGAUCCUCUAGUGUAUGGAACUGAAGAGGGUAGAAGAAAUGUCCGAAACAAAAUAUUGAGCUAUUCUAAGAAUAUAUAUUUCCGUCUAACAAGCUCUUUUGCCGAUGCAGCAAGCGGUGUUCAAGCAGUAGACUACCAAAUGGGAAGUGUUGCUGGACAAACGUUGACCAGCAAGAUAAGCAAUGAUUCUGUUAUAGUCGUUGGCUUCUAUGCCCUCGCACCUUUGCUUCCUGGAAGUGUGGAAAAAUUGAAUACUGCAGAACGACGUUUGGUCGAAGGAGAAGUUGCAAAGACUAUCAUACAUGAGCUUGGUCAUGCACUGUUUCAGCAGGCAUACAGAGCCUGCUUGCCCAGCCAUAAUGGCACUGAGAUAUAUUUUCAUGAGGAAGUAAUUUCUGAAAUGGGGAUAUCGCUGGAGCAGACUUUAUUUGGCGGGACUACACGGGCUCUUCGUGAUGCACAAGAAGAUUCGCUGCUUGAUUUGGAGGGGGGGGUUGUGUUUAGUGAUAUAAACAACGCCGGCACUCAAGGUAAUGAAGGGAACCCAGUCCUACUCAGCAAACCACCGGACUAUUAUAAAGCUAUAUAUUGGCCUCUUUCUGUUUCCUGGUAUAUGGAUAUGGGAAGCAAAGUCAAAUUUGAAAGCUUUGUUAGGAAAUAUGGAACACGAACUUUGAAAUAUAAAAAGGUCACAGGUCAAGACAAUCAUCUCAAGGAAAAUGGUAUGAGAUUCACUCUUUCAAGGGAUCCGUUCACCGAGUUUGAGGGCAUACCAAACAAUAAUCAACAUACUGGGCUAAGGUCGGACAGUUCGGAUACUUCAGAGCCCCCUCGCAAACGACAGAGGGUCCCAACCGCCCCAGCUGCCGUUGUGCGAAGGGCUCAUACUUUCCAAGGACCACCAAGGCACAUCCAGGAAAUAAAACCACAGAUUGACACGCUUUCUGAAUUCAAAGAUCAAGAUUUACCGCCAUGCCCUCGAUUCGACGAGAUUAGCGCGUAUUUAAUCGAUAAUCGUUGUCAGUUAGCCCUGCACACAAUGUGUUUCGCCAUGCCUGAGCAUACACUGCGUGAUUACAUUCUACGACUUGGUGAGCUGAAAAUUAGUGCCCAAGAAUGGCGUGCGUAUCUCCUUCAUUGCGAAGCCGCCCCAUAUCUCUUCAGAUUCGAGGCGCAUGGAAGAUGUCGUGACACCUCGACUUAUCGUGGCUCCAUCCAACUCCAUGCUUCAAGCUGGCCAAAGACGGAUCUUCCACCCAUCAAAAUACUAGAUAUAGAGGACAAACCAUUUAUGAAGAAACUCACCAAAGGUAUGAGACUUUGCACCGUUAUUGACAUACUUGCAAGAUACUGCGAGCAUUAUUUAGAUCAGAUGUGGCUACAUUCUAUCUUCUGGGACGUCGACAUGGAGACAUUCCUUACCAUGUUCAACUCCGAUAUCAAACAGGGUAAUGGAAUAGCGACCAAGAUUGGACUAGGUUUGAUGUCCAUAGAAGAACUUGAAGAUUUAGUACAGACUGUGGUAUCUGUUGGAACAUUACUUACUUGGGCUCCAAAGGGCAUCAUCCGACGCUUACCAUUAACUAUUACGGAAUUCAAGGAAGUCAUCGGUGGAAAAUCAAGCCUAAGGGGCAUUAUUCUACCUAAAGGUCGAUCACUGAUUGAUUGGGAUGCAGGAUAUGAGGCUUUGCGUCGGUGGGACGACGAGGUUAUGGAAACUGAUCUGGACAAGCUGGCCAGGGCGGAUAGGGGCAUCACGUAUGCCGACGGCCAACACGAAAGCGAACGGGAAUACUCGGCGCGUACAGAAUCGCCACCAGUCAAGACGCAAGCAGAGUUGGAAGAAGAAGAGUCUGAGCGCCAAACCAAUGCUCUGGACGAUUCGAUUGUGACAUAUCGCGAGGCGCAUCCGGAUGCCACUGCUGAGGAACUCUUUGAAAAGUCGUAUUGGGACAUGUGGAAAGGAUUUAAUCCCGAGGGCACCAGGAAGGUCGCGCAGGAGGAAUUCGAUGAUUGUUUGGAAUAUCUCAAAGCGAUGGAAGAAGCUGGUGCAGGGGGGUUUGAUAUGGAUAUUUUGAAAAAUGCUAUGGAGGCAGGUGGGAACUGUCCUAAUAUGUGAGGUUUGCUGGGGGAAGUGAAGAAGAAGGAGAAGGAGAAGGAGAAGGAGAAGGAGAAGGAGAAGGAGAAGGAGAAGGAGAAGGAGAAGGAGAAGGAGAAAAAGAGAUGAUAGUGAGAUGUUAAUACUAUGUGUUUAAAGAAUUGAUUUAUAGUACUUGAGAAUUUGAUAUAAUAUAACGGGAUAUGAUAUAGUAGAAUAACAUAUA